GGGAGAGGGAGAGCUGGGAAUAGAGAAGAUGGGAGGAGAGUAAGUGGUGAAGAAGUAAGCUGGGAGGAGAAAGGAUUAUGUAAAAAUGAAACGCAAUCUCGGUCCAGCAACCCUUCUCAACUUUGCUCCCAUACGCACACGACCACAAACGCACAAAGAGGCUACUGUCCCACAUCCUGGAAUCCCUUGUUUGUAUCGCUGAUGAUGGGAAUGAGGCGUAAUGUGAGCUUAGGAUAUGACUUAAAGAUGGAGGCCACAUCUAGCAGAAAUUAUUCCACUGAGCGGCAGCGGCUCUGAUUAUAUAAGAACAGAGUGUUGUGUGGCUGUGGCGAUCUUGUGCACGGUCAACACAUCACAGCCUCUGUUGUGACUGUCGGCAGGAUUUAGGAGUUUUACUAAUCAGAGCAAGGUGCAUUUGAUGACUUCGUCAUCUGCUGGAUCUGCUCUGUCUGGCCUGGGUGCAACAUAAGAGGAAAAAGGACUCUUGUGUCCGCGUUCUAGGAUGGCCACGGAAAGCUCCACUAUUCCCAGUCCUGUUGUCCGCCAAAUUGACAAGCAGUUCCUGAUCUGCAGCAUAUGUCUGGACCGCUACGAAAACCCCAAAGUACUGCCUUGUCUGCACACCUUCUGUGAGAGGUGCCUGCAGAACUACAUCCCUGCCCACAGCCUCACCCUGUCGUGUCCUGUGUGCCGACAGACAUCUAUUCUCCCAGAAAAGGGGGUGGCGGCACUGCAGAAUAACUUCUUCAUCACCAAUCUGAUGGAUGUGUUGCAGCGAAGGCCAGAUACCUGUAGCCAGGAGGCCACCACCCUCGACAAUGUAACCGCUGUGGCUACAAAACAGCUGCUCUCCUGCCCCAACCAUGGGGGAAGUGUAAUGGAGUUUUACUGCCCACCCUGUGAGACAGCCAUGUGUCAAGAAUGCACAAGUGGGGAACAUGGAGAGCACCCAACCGUGCCUCUAAAAGAUGUAGUGGAGCAGCACAAGGCCUCAUUACUGGACCAGCUGAAUGCUGUUAAGAAGAGGCUUCCGGAGAUAGACUCCGCCCUGCUGACCCUGUCUGAGAUCCUGCAGCAGCUGACCAGUCGCAAAAGCUCCAUAGAAGAUGACAUCCAUACAACCUUUGAUGAGCUGCAAAAGACCCUCAAUGUCCGCAAGAGUGUUUUACUAAUGGAGCUGGAGGUCAACUAUGGGCUAAAACAGAAGGUUCUCCAGGCCCAAUUGGACACCCUACUGCAGGGACAGGAGGGCAUCAACAGCAGUUGUAACUUCACGGAGCAGGCGCUGACCCACGGCAGCGAGGCCGAGGUGCUGCUGGUGAAGAAGCAGAUGGGUGAGCGUCUCAUCGAGCUGGCCAAUCAGGAGCUCCCUCUGCAGCCAGGUGAGAAUGCCCAGCUGGACUUCCUCGUUGAGACGGACGGGUUAAAGAAAUCUAUCCACAACUUGGGCACCGUGGUAACCACAAACGCUGUUGCAUCCGAGACUGUGGCCACAGGUGAAGGGUUACGACACUGUGUGGUAGGUGUGCCCACAGCCAUCACCAUAACCACCAAGGACAAAGAUGGGCAGCUGUGCAAGAUGGGUAAUGCAGUCAUCACCGCUGAAAUCUCCUUCUCUGACGGGUGCAAAGUUGAUGGAGAGAUCCUGGACAACAAGAACGGCACCUAUGACUACCUUUUCACUGCUCCCAAAGAAGGCCCUUUUAACCUAUCUUUGCGCUUGUACAACCAACACAUCAAAGGAAGUCCGUUUAAAAUAAAGGCCCACAUACAAACAUCCCCGAAUUCAGAUGGCACAAAGAAGAGGCUGAAGUCUCCAGGCAGCGGACACAUCAAGCAGAAAGCCUUCAAAAGGCCGGCCAGUAUGUACAGCACCGGGAGGAGGAAAGAGAAUCCCAUCGAGGAUGAUCUUAUCUUCCGAAUAGGCACCAAAGGAAGAAACAAAGGGGAGUUUACCAAUCUGCAGGGAGUAGCAGCCUCUUCUCAGGGAAAAGUGCUGAUAGCAGACAGCAACAACCAAUGUGUUCAGGUAUUUUCCAAUGAUGGCCAGUUCAGAAGUCGUUUUGGCAUCCGGGGCAGGUCUCCAGGUCAGAUGCAGCGGCCAACGGGUGUGGCUGUACACCCCACUGGUGACAUCAUCAUUGCAGACUAUGACAACAAAUGGGUCAGCAUCUUCUCAAGUGAUGGGAAGUUUAAGAACAAAAUAGGCUCAGGGAAACUGAUGGGACCUAAAGGCGUAGCGGUGGACAGGAACGGCCACGUCAUCGUGGUCGACAAUAAGGCCUGCUGCGUCUUCAUCUUUCAGGCCAACGGCAAGAUGGUCACAAAGUUUGGUAACCGUGGCAACGGUGACAGGCAGUUUGCAGGCCCUCAUUUUGCUGCCGUCAACAAUAACAACGAAAUCAUUGUGACGGAUUUUCACAACCAUUCAGUCAAGGUGUUCAACACAGAAGGAGAGUUCCUGUUGAAGUUUGGCUCCAACGGCGAAGGUAAUGGGCAGUUCAAUGCUCCCACUGGAGUGGCAGUGGAUGUCAAUGGAAACAUCAUCGUAGCAGACUGGGGUAACAGCAGGAUACAGGUGUUUGAUGGCAGCGGCUCUUUCCUCUCCUACAUCAACACGUUGGCUGACCCGCUCUACGGCCCGCAGGGAUUGGCCCUCACCUCUGAUGGACACGUUGUGGUAGCAGAUUCUGGCAACCAUUGUUUCAAAGUCUACCGCUAUCUGCAGUAGCUGACCUUUUUGCUUUUAGGGACAUGCCUACACCUCUUGGCCUGGGAAGACCAGGAGAACUGGAACUCAAACUCAU